UGGCACUCACCACGGCUCUUUCCACCACUGUCAUCGUGUCUUCCGGCGGCCAUCUUUGCAGUCUUUUACAUCAAAACUUGUGAGGAAACGUGGAUCUCACUGGAGUUUGUCGGUGAAAAACUCGAGGAAAAAUGGUGAACGUUCCCAAACAGAGGCGCACCUUCUGCAAAAAGUGCAAGUGCCACAAAUUGCACAAGGUGACACAGUACAAGAAGUCCAAGGAGAGGAGAGCUUCCCAGGGCAGACGUCGUUACGAUAGGAAGCAACAGGGUUUUGGUGGUCAGACGAAGCCCAUCUUCAGGAAGAAGGCUAAGACAACCAAGAAGAUUGUGCUGCGAAUGGAGUGCAGUGAGUGCAAGUUCCGGAAGCAAACACCUCUGAAGCGUUGCAAGCACUUCGAGUUGGGCGGCGACAAGAAGAGGAAGGGACAGAUGAUUCAGUUCUAAAGUGGACCAGGUCUGUGACGGCGCAAAGAAGUGAAAUAAAAGCCGCAUUUGUCCAUUUCCCAGCA